AUGGAUGGUAUGUUAGGUGAAGAGAAGUUGCUGUCAGUAUUCUUAUUCUUAGGACACCUUAGGAAAAUACUCGACUCAAGAAAAUGUAUCUUAAAUAUUUUGGACCCUUUGGCUGCCACUGAUUCUGCUGGUUGCCAUCGCGACUCCAUUCUAUCUCUGCAAGAAGCUGAAUAUGAAGAGGAAGUUUCUGAGGAAGAAGGAUCUCAAAAAGGAUCUGAAGAAGAAUCUGAAGGAAAUAAUGAAGUUAAAGCUGAAGGCACUCAAGGUAUUAUCCAGAUUGAAAAUCCUAAUUUGGUAAAGCAAAAGUCCUUGAAAGCCAGAGAUAUCGAUUUGGGGAAAACAACUGAACUUUCUAGGCGUGAAAGAGAGGAGAUAGAGAAACAGAAAGAUCAUGAGCGAUAUAUGAAAUUGCAAGAACAGGGGAAAACAGAACAAGCUAAGAAAGAUUUAGGUAAUAAAUCAUGUCUUUUAGAAUUUCUAAUGACCUUUUCUUUAGUGGAUAAGUAAAGGGCUUCUUAUAACCUUUUGGGCUGCUUUGGUUCUUUACA